AUGAAGAUAUUCCCUGUGAAGUCGGACACUGAGGAGGAGGGGGCCUUUGCCAGAAUGGAGGAAGACUGGAUAAACAUCAUGGAUCGAGAACUUCCCCAGUGUGAAGGCAUUAUUGGCCAAGAGUUUUGCCUUGGUGAAGAGAUGAAAGUUGGAGAGUUUUUCCAACAUCAAGAAGAAGUGACAAUCCAGGAAUUUUCCCCAUGUGAAGCCGUGAGACACCAAGAGGGCCAUCAGCAGCCGGUAGAUGUGAGAGCCGCAUGGGGAGAUGGAACACAGCAAGAGAUGGAGAUGGACCAGUGGGGAAAAAGCAUGAUGGAUCAUGUGAUGGACCAAGAGCUCUACCAAACAGAUGAAGAGGAUGAGACAUACCAAGGCCUGUCUCAUUUGGUAGAAGAUCUGACAUACCAAGAGCUGUCCCCAUGGGAAGGCCAGGCAUACCAGGAACUGACUCCUUUGGAAGAUGUGCAAGGUGAUGUGCGCAUGUACCAAUGGGAGGGAGACAAGAGAGAGCCAGAGUUGUCCCAAGUGGGAGACAACAGGGACAAGGAGCUAUCCCAGGGAAAAGACUACAAUGUCCAGGAGCUGCUCCAGUGGGAAAAAGGUGGGAGUAAUCAAAAGCUGUCCCAAAGGGAAGAAAGUGACAGCAGCCAGGGGCUGUCCCAACAGGGAGAAAGCAUCAUGUACAAGGUCUGUGAUAAACCCAUGCAGCCAGAGAAGGACGAUGAUGCCCAGACUUGUGCCCAGCAAGGGCCUGGCUCUCUCAGCAGCGUGGGCACACAGGAGGAGGAGUUGGCAGCAGCUGUUGCUCCAGCUGGAGCUGCUGAGGAGCUGGAGGAGUCCCCAGGGCCUCUGGCCCCCGAGGUGGAAAAAGCACCAGAUUCUCCUGCUUACAGUGAGGAGAUGCCACUGACAGGGGCAGAGAUCCCAGUCCCUGCCCCAUGCAGCCCCCCAGGCUACAGCCAGGCUCUGCUGGACAUAGUGGGGCACAUCAGCUCUGAGGUGGUGCACAAUGCUGUGCUUGAGGGAUCUGGCCAGCAGCCAGAGGAACAGGGGGACAUGGAGCAAAGCAUUGCUGCAGAACUGGAAGCAGCAGCAGCUCCAGUACAAGAGGAAGAGAGCCCAAUCUCUGCUCUGCACAGCCCCUCCUGCCCUCCCAGCCCCUUGCCCAGCCCACUGGGAGGCCAGGUGCUCUGUGAUCAGGAGGAAGAGGAAGAAAGGGCCUCAGUCCUGGGAGAGGAAGAGAGCGAGGAGGGAGCCUUGGCUGGAGAACUUGAGCUUUCUCAAUGCAAACACAAGGAACACAGAGAGCUCUAUCAAGGAGAAAUCAACAAAUACCAAGAAAAGUCCCAAGGGGAAACCUACAUUGGACAGGAGCUUCCCCCAGAAGAAACCAGCAGUGACCAUAACGAUUCCAAAGGGGAAACCUGCACUGAGCAGGAGAUCUCCCCAGCUGAACCCAGCAGCGACCAUGAGAAAUCCCAAGAGGAAGCCUGCAUUGGACAGGAGCUGUUCCCAGCUGAAACCAGCAGCUACCGUGAGGAAGCCUGCAUUGGGCAGGAGCUGUCAAAAGAAGAAACCAGCAGUGACCAAGAGGAAUCCCAGGGGAAAGCCUGCAUUGGACAGGAGCUUUCCCCAGAAGAAACAAGCAGCUACAGUGAGGGAUACCAGGGGGAAGCCUGCAUUGGACAGAAGUUCUCCCCAGCUGAAACCAGAAGCAAUCACAAGGAGUCUCAAGAUGAAGCCUGCAUUGAGCAGAAGCUUUCACAAGAAGAAACCAACAGCGAACAUGAGGAAUCCCAGUGGGAAGCCUGCAUUGGACAGGAGUUCUCCCCUGCAGAAACCAGCAGUGACCAUGAGGAACCCCAGGAGGAAGCCUGCAUUGAGCAGGACCUGUCACAAGAAGAAACCAGCAGUGACAGUGAGGAAUCCCAGGGGGAAGCCUGCAUUGGACAGGAGCUUUUCCUAGAAGAAACCAGCAGCGACAAUAAGGGAUCCCAAGGUGAAGCCUGCAUUGAGCAGGACCUGUCACCAAAAGAAACCAGCAGCUACCAAAAAGAGCCCGAAGGGGAAGCCUGCAUUGGGCAGGAACUGUUCACAGAAGAUACCAACAGCUAUUAUGAAAUGCCCCAAGAGGAAGCCUUCACUGAACCAGAACUGUCCCCUGCAGAAACCAGCAGCUACCAGGAAAAAUCACAAGGAGAAUUCUGCAUUGAGCAGGGGCUCUCCUUAGAAGAUGUCUGCAGCUAUCACCUGCUCUCUGAUUGGGAUGGAUGCAGCGAGGAAGAGUUGUUCAAAGGCGAUGUCGAUAGCUACCAAGAAGUGUCAGACUGGGAAGAAUGCUCAGAACAAGGCCUUGCCCAAGGACAAGUCGGUGGCUCCCACAGGUUUUCUGACUGGGAAGAAUACAGUGAACAUGAGCUAUCCCAUGGAGAUGAUGACAGUUACCAAGAACCGUCGGACUGGGAAGAGUCCAUGGACCAAAAACUUUCUGAGGAGGAAGACUCCGUUGACCAGGAGGUUUCCAGAGGGAUUGAUAAGAGACCCUCAGUGCAAUCCAGCUGGGACAAUGACAGCCACCAAGACCUCAGGCAGGACAUGUGGGAAGAGAGCAUCGGGGCCCAGCGCUCACCGCGAGAGGAGGAUGAGUGGGAUGGAGUCAGCCUCCUGGAGCUGUGUGAGGAUGAGGAGGAGCGAGUGCGGAGAUGGGGAGGUUUGUCAGGAGGCGGGUUCCCCUCACCAGCCCCUCGCGAGGCCUGGGUGGAGCUGGGCCCGUGUGAGCCGUGCUCGCGGGAGCCGCUCUGCGCCUCGGCUCCCCGUGCGGAAGCGCCGGUGCCCCUCCAGAAAGGUCCCUCGCGGCUGCGGCGGGCGCUGCGGGCGCUGCGCCGCCUGUUGCGCUGCCCCUGCCUGGCUGCACAGCCCGAGCCGUAGGGCCCGGGCCCAGCCAGCCCGGGCUCUGCCAUGGCGGCCGGCCCGGCUGCCCCAGCCGGACUGCACAAGACUGGACAUAUUGUUAUCAGGACCCCACUGCUCAAUGCAGGACCGCGACACAAGACACUUCCUAGACAAAUUAAAGCUGCUUUUAGAAACAGAAUAGAAUGAAGAAGAAGAACCAGAAGAAGGAAAAGUACAAGAAG